AUGACUAGUUCGCUGGCUACCAGACAAGGACUUCUUACCCGCGCUAACAACAGGCUAUCCGCGAUUCUGGACGAAAACGAGCAAUUAUUCGCCAGGCGGUUGGACUCAAACCUCAAACAUGGGGAUGUGAAGGACUUUAACAGACGGAUUCGAGUGACCAAGGCAACGCUGUCAAUGGAAGUCGGGAAAGUCGAGGAUGCGCUGUGCAAAUAUAGCAGCAAGGUGGAUGAGUUACCCAUCGACACACCAUCGAAGGAGGAGUUCCUGAAGCGAGCUCAAGGGAGUGUCGACACCACUCAAGAGAUUUUGGAAUGCGCCCAUCUCGCGCUAUCGAAGUUGGCACAACUGCAGGAAGAGCUGGAGGACCAGGCACAAGCUCACACACCAUCUUCCGAAGAAAAGUAUAUCAAUACACAAGCACUCGUCGAUCAACUGGUAGACAAGCUUCAAGCAUCGAGGGCUAGAAGCUAUUGCUCAGCCGAUCAACUAGCGUCGUGCGACCAGCUCUCUCCGCUCGCCUUGCAGCUGGAACUGAAAAGGAGAGCACAUCAGCAACACUUUCCUGCAGAAACAAUUACUGAGCAAGUUCUCCACGGAAAUCCAACGACAUGUCCUACGGCAGAAAAGCAGAAAAGAAGCGAAGGCACAUGGAGCACCAAGAUUCUGCUAGCAGAAGCAAAGGAAUUCGUCACGAGUGAGCUCAAAAUCAACGUUCAAGUUGAGCAGAGGCAGCCAAGCUAUGGCGAAAGGCAGGAGAAAGCCAUUACGAAAUUCAGAAUGGAGGAAGACAGACAACGCGUGCCCCAGCAUCGACAUGCUUUUACUGCAGCAAGCCAGGACACCCGGCGAAAAGUUGUCCUGAACACCUCGGUUACCUCAACAGGGCAAGGCAACCAAGAAGAUUUCAGCCAAAUCUUCACAUCAACACAGCCUACGGCAGCAAAGAUGAAUACAGACGCGUCCGAACAAGGACUCGUAGAAACCGAAGAAAUGGAUACUGUGCUCCAUGUCAGCAAUCGAGCGGACGUCCUCAUUCUGGCAGGACAGGCACAGGUUCUCAAUACGCAAAGCAAAAGGCUAGAAAAGGUGCACGUCAUGCUUGAUUCUGGAGCUGAUCGCUCAUUCAUAAGCAACCCACUUGCCGACAGACUACAAUAA